AUGGCGACAUCAGCUCUUGCUGCCCUGUCAAGCUUCAUGUUCGGCCUCGUCACCAACCUCCCCAUAGCCCUCGCCCCAGGCAUGGGUCUCAACGCCUACUUCGCCUUCCAAGUAGUCGGCUACAACGGCUCAGGCAGCAUCCCCUACGGCGUUGCCCUAACAGCAGUAUUCAUCGAAGGUCUCGUCUUUAUCUUCCUUGCACUAACAGCUACGGGAGCCGGUAUUGGUUUAUUCUUGACCGAGAUUGGACUUUCGUAUGGGACGGGAAUUGGGGCUAUUACUGGAGGGUUUAAUGCGACGCCCUUGGCCAUUGCGGGUUGUCCUGUUGAGAUGAUUAAUCCGGAUACACAGAUGUGCGAUUCGGGGAUCAUGUCGAGUCCCAAGAUGUCGACUGCUAUCUUUGCUGGUGGCAUCUUGGUUGUUUAUCUCAUGGCCUUUCGGGUCAAAUAUGCCUUCAUCUUUGGCAUCGCCCUCGUCUCUAUUCUUUCAUGGCCCAGUCGUGGAACAUCCAUAACAUACUUCCCCGACACCCCAGAAGGAAACUCCCGUUUCGCUCUCUUCACAAACAUAACAUCCUUCCAACCCAUGAAACACACCCUCAACGCCCUAGACUGGAACAUCUCCGCCCACGGUACCCAAUUUGUCAUCGCCCUCUUCACUUUCCUGUACGUCGACAUCAUCGACGCCACUACAACACUCUACUCCAUGGUCCGUUUCUGCGGCGUAAUGGACGACGGAGAUGGGGACUUCCCUCGUUCGACUCUGGCGUAUUGUUGUGAUGCGACAGCUAUUUCUAUAAGUGCUCUUUUUGGCUGUUCACCUGUUACGGCGUUUAUCGAGAGUGGUGCUGGUAUUGCGGCUGGAGGCAGGACGGGGAUCACGAGUAUGACUACAGGAUUGCUUUUUGGUGUUGCAGUUAUGUUUGGACCGGUUUUUGCGAGUGUACCGCCUUGGGCUACCGGGCCGACACUUAUUCUGGUUGGAUGUUUGAUGGCGAGGCAGAUGAAUGAGAUUAACUGGCGCUACAUCGGUGACACCCUCCCUUCAUUCGUAGUCAUCGCCUUCGUCCCAUUCUCGUACAACGUCGCCUAUGGUAUCAUCGCUGGCAUGUUUCUCUACACAACCAUCAACAUCCUUGUCGCCUUGACAGUACGCAUCUCAGGUGGAAGAUUAGAGCCAGAGAACUACGACCUCAAAGAGUACUGGACUUGGAAAGCCCCCGGGAAGAAGCCGUGGUAUGUUCGCGCUUUCAGAAAAUCCACAAGAAAAGCAGAUGAGUCGUUCCGGAAUAGAUCGGAUUGUGAGAUGAUGAGAGUUGGGUCAGAUGAUGGGAGGAAGGAUGAGACGGGUGUUGCGAUGCCGCAGAAGACUUUGUCGAGGUUCUCGAGGUAA